UAAAGUUUUGCGAUAACUUUUCAAGUUUUUUCCUCUUUGUUUUGUUUUAAAUAAAACUGCAUUAAAUGAAUCAUUCCUAACAUCCCUAGUCAGUACACCAACUUCAAGGUCUUGUAAUAUAAAAUUUAACUAAUACUUAUCAACGAAUUCUCAUAAGCAAAAAAAUGAAUAGAAAUGAAAGAACAUUUUUCUUAUCACUACGUAUGGGAACACCCUUUAUGUUUUGUUGAUAGAGAAACUUAUUUUUUGUGUUGUCAAGGAAGGUUAGCUAAACAUUUUCUAAGAGGGUGCAUUGUUUUUCAGCCCACCUGAUUUUUAGCGGCCUACGCAUUACAAAAGCAAAGUUUUCUGGUGGAUAUACAUAAAUAAAUAUGUACUUAUAUGAGUUCCAAAACAUAUUUCGAAAGAGGCAUUUUAUAGGGGUUUUAACACCUAAACAAAAAGCGAAAUAUACUUAGAGGGUAUUUCUUUACAUUAAAAGCUUAAAACUUAAGUCAAAACUAAUUGCCAUGGCGAUUUUAAUGGAAGAAUUUUGUCAAACUUACAAGUGACAUAAUUUGAUAAAAUUUGUCAGUUUAGAAAUGAUGCGCUGCAAAUAUGCACACGCCUUUUAUUUACCUUUCAUCAAUAGCAGGAGAAAAAUUCUGCUGUUCUUAUCAGAGUUAUCGUUCCCUCUUUUCUUCUAUGCCACUGUACAGAUAACAUUUUUAUUUGAAAUUCGCAUCAGCUGCACAAGCUAUGUAUUUGUUUUUCAGUGCACUGGUACUUAAGCAUUGCAUCCGACACAUUUUCCUAUCAGUUCAAAUUCCUAACUCGAACGCAACGCUUUCAACGCAAAGCGCUAUAAAAUAAAGCAAUUAAUAAACGUGUAAAAAAUAUUUACAUAUAUAAAUACAUACAUACAUGCACACAAACAAAUACACUUUCGGCAUAUUUGAGAAUGUCAGCAAUUUGUAAUGCCCGUAAUGCCGGCACGGCUGUCGUACGAGUGUGCAAGUAUGGAGGAAAACAACAAAAACAACAACAGUUGCAGAAAAGUCAAAUUGCAUUGCAGUCGACACUAAGCAAUGCCAAGAUUGAAAGCAUGGAAACCAAAUCAUCACAAAAUACGUUUAACUUGGAAUGGCAACAGGCGCUACCCUAUAAAGCAAUUCCCAGACUAACGAGAUAUCAAAUGUUCCGUGGUUUCGUAAAAGGAGGUGAAUUUGUCAAUCUCUCGCUAAAUGACUUCCUUUUUAAAUGUCGUGAGAAAUUUGGAGAUAUCUAUCGUAUGGCUGGUGUUAUUGGGCAACCAGACACGGUCGUACUUUUUAAUGUAGACGAUUUCGGGAAGAUCUUACGCACCGAAGGUAAAUGGCCUAGUCGGCCCGGAACAGAUGCCAUUAGAUACUACAGAGAAUCACGAAAAGAUGGUUUCUUUAACGAAACGGGUGGCCUAAAUGCAGAAGGCGAAAAAUGGGGCGCAUUCCGAAAUCAAGUGAAUCCCAUUUUGAUGCAUCCGAAAAAUGCCAAACUUUAUUUAGAACCAUUGCAAAAUGUGAAUUUGGAAUUUGUAAAAAGAAUCCGCGAUAUUCGCGACCCGCAUACACACGAAGUGCCGGGCAACUUUUUUGAAGACAUCAAUCAUCUCGCCUUCGACUCUAUUGGAGUGGUUGCGCUGGAUUAUGACUUCGGUUUAACUCGCAAAAAUCCCGAUUCAAAAGAUGCCAAAUUACUUUGCAAGCAUAUGAGCGCAUUUCUAAAGUCCAUUUAUGAUUUGGGAAUCAAACCUUCAUUCUACAAAUAUAUAAAAACACCAACAUAUCGACGUUUUGAAGAGUCUAUGGACCUCAUGUUUGAUAUCACAAAUCGAUAUGUCAAUGAAGCUGUAGCACGCCUAGAAGAGUACCCUUCCACCGAAGGCGAGGAACGCAGUGUUUUGGAGAAAUUAUUGAAAAUCACUCGACAGACGGCUAUCGUUAUGGCCAUGGAUAUGCUGAUGGGUGGUGUGGAUGGGCCUUCUAGUACGAUCGCUACUAUCGUACUGUGUAUCGCUAAAAAUCCAGAAAAGCAACAAAAACUGCGCAAAGAGCUUCUUGCUAUUUUGCCGCACAAAAACGAUCGUUUCACUAUUGAUAAUAUGAAGCAAUUGCCUUAUUUGCGCGCCUGCAUCAAGGAAGCACUUCGUUUAUAUCCAUUGGCAUUUGGUACAGCGCGUAUAACUGGUGCUGAUCUAGUGUUGAGCGGGUAUCAAGUACCCAAAGGGACGCCUGCUUUAAUUGCCACGAAUUCAUUACCGAAUGAGGAGCGUUUCUUUCCACGACCUCGUGAAUUUAUACCGGAACGUUGGCUGCGCCAAAAGGAUGCAUCAUCUAUGAAUGUUGACGAGCAAUUGAUUGCUGAUAAUGUGAAUAAAUUUAUUAAUCUGCCUUUCGGAUUUGGUCCACGCAGCUGUGUUGGCAAACGUAUUGCUGAUAUGGAAAUGGAGCUGACAUUGGCUAACUUGGUGCGAAAUUUUCAUAUUGAAUACAACUAUCCGGCGGAAAAUGCCUUCAAAUAUCAUUUUAUAAGUACGCCUGCUAUACCGUUGAAAUUUAAAUUCGUUGAUUUGAAAUAAAUAAAUACGUUUCUUAUUUGAAAAAAG